GCGGCGAGUGACAGAGUUGCGGCAGGGCAGACCAGAAAGUGCCUGUGGCCGCGCUCCCCCCUCCCCUCUGCUCGCGCGCUCCUCUCCGGACCGACAGAGUCGCACGAGACUGGCGACACGCUCCGGCACCGGUUGGCUGGCCGCGGGUGACCCGAGGAUCCCACUUUGACGAACAGACUCGGGCUCCGCUGGCAGGAAAGCUGGGACUAAACUACAUUCAUUGACUUGAGAGCGAUGCACUGGCAGCAUGGCCAAGUGGUUCAAGGAGCACCUAGGAUUCAAAACUACCAAAGCACCCCCUCCGGCGCCUCCGAAGCCGGACUACAGGCACUGUCACACCGGUGUACCCGGUGCGCCUGGCUACCAACAAACAAGCGCCGGGGCCACCUUCCCGAGCCCGGCUCAGCCGGACAUCCUCGCUGCUUACAAACUACAAAAGGAGCUGGACUUCGAGGACCCCUACACUCCGGGUGGAAAUAUUUCAUUCGGCUCGAGCUUGAACACUGUGGGGUCGCCGGAUAUCAAGUAUGUGUCACCGAAACACCGACUCAUCAAGGUGGAAACAAUCGAAAAGAGCAGCCCAGCUCCAGGCGGCGGAGUCACAGUCACCCAAGCUGUUGCUGUCGGGAGCGUUAAGUCUCCGACCUCGCCUCCCUCGGACCACGACAACAAGGAGAAGCUCAUUAUCCUUGAAGACUAUGCGGACCCUUUCGAUGCUGAGCAGGCCGGUGGCACUCAGACCAGUACGGAAAAAGUGACGACCGAGAAUGAUGGCUACAUGGAACCGUAUGAGGCCCAGAAGAUGAUGGCAGAAAUACGAUCUGGUGGACGAGGACCUAAGGAAGGAACGGUGAGGCAGCUGCCCCUGUACGACACGCCGUAUGAGCCAGCCGAGAACGGCGGGGACUCGGACCCCGAGCGCCUGCGCUGCCCCAGAGAAAGCCGACUCCCCCAGGAUGAUGAGCGACCCCCCGAGGAGUAUGACCAGCCCUGGGAGUGGAAGAAAGAGAGGAUUUCCAAAGCCUUUGCAGCUCUGCUUUGUUAUGACUGCAUUAGCUACGAGGGCUCUGUAAGUGACACUGGAUCAGGUCCCCACGGAGGAAAGGACUGCACCUCUAAAUCUCUCACAGUCCAGUUUGAUGGUGUGGACAAGUCUCGAAUGUCACCUACCAAGGAAGGGAAAAGCCGGCCGCUGCAGCGACACUCCAGUGGCUGUCUGGUCAACACCAAGAUGACAUCACUGGACCACUGCAGCUCCUCUCUUGGGGAGCGCAUUGACCCCACCAUGCCCCUGGAAAGCCAGUUCUGGUACCACGGAGCGAUCAGCCGGACAGAUGCUGAGUCUGUGCUCAGGUUGUGUAAGGAGGCCAGCUACCUGGUGAGAAACAGCGAGACCAGCAAGAAUGACUACUCCCUGUCCCUUAAGAGCAGCCAGGGCUUCAUGCACAUGAAGCUGUCCCGGACAAAGGAGAACAAGUACAUCCUGGGCCAGAACAGCUGCCCUUUUGACAGCGUGCCCGAGAUCAUCCAUUUCUACUCCAGCCGCAAGCUGCCCAUCAAGGGUGCCGAACACAUGUCCCUGCUCUACCCUGUAGCCAUCAGGACACUAUAGUGCUCUGGGUUGCCCGCAGGCGUCGGCCCCUUCAGUGCUCACUGGGACACCCUGUGGCUCCACGCUGUCUGUCCCUCUGGACAGAGCCCAGUAGGCUCAUGGGAGGAUGAACAGUGGCAUCCCAAACCUGCUGAUCCUGACUCACCUCACUGGCCGACAGAUACCAGACCUGUUUUGAAGGCCUACUGCAUACUAUCUUACACAUACAGACUCAAUGUUGCAGAAGUCUUUGUUAUUUUAUUUUAUUUUAUUUAUGACAGACACCCACUCCGUAACACCGCAGACUGACUAUCUGAUGAACAUAAUUUCAUUGAUUCUUGAGCUAAUUUUCCCUUAGCACUUAACACUCAAGGAAAAAGGAGGGUACAACGUUGCAGCAUUUGUUGCUGGGGUGUACCUUUUCUCAUAAUAUGUUGUACCUUUUUCAGAAGAGUGCACGUCACAAACAUUGUGUAAGAACAAGUUUUGCUGAUUUGGUUAGGCUCUGUUGAUACUGUAAUUGUUUGUGAGGGGACUUGAAGAUUGUAAGAACCGUGUAAGGGAAGCGACAUUUAUGAGGCAUGUUGAGGAAUAUUGUCCACAUGGGGCCCAUGCGGUGGCCAGGAUAUUGAAUAAACUGGCCUUGUAUGAAUGGUGUGUCCCCAGCUGUGCGGAAAUAACGUGCCUGUGAACAGUGCAGACUGAUCUCUCUAUCUUGUCAUAGUGCAUGCUGUCUGCUAUCCAUCACUGAGUGGGUGUAUCACACCAAUGACAGUGUAAGUACCAUAGUGGUGAGACAGGCAGGAAAGCAUGAUGGAUGGGUCAACCCGUCCGACACAGUACAAUUGGCGGAGGCUGGAGACCAGAGCCUGUCCAAAUGGACCAAAUUAGCUCCGCUGCCCCUGCAUAGAAUGGCUUUGCAUUGGGAGAAUGAAAUAUGCCUGCAUUGUCUACCUCAGAAAAUCAAUUUCAUUCACCCAUCUGCAGAUCAAUAGGUACAAUGGGAUUGCAGACAUCGAUCUGCCCUCCCUUUGACAUUCCCAAUUCCCUUAAAAUUGUAUCAUUGCUUUUAGGAAUAUGCUUUUUGAAUACAGUUAAUCCAAGAUUUCUUUUUUUUUAAUGAAAACACAAGCAGAUUUUCCAGAUCAGCAAUUGUAUGUAUACUAAUAUGAUAUUAUGUGAUGUCAGUAACAAAUGUUUGGUUAAUGCCUUAUAAUGCAUGGGUCAAAUCAGUCCGCUAGAUCAGCUGAUUUCCAAUUCCGCUUUUAACGAUUGUUCUGUGACUGUAAUUUAUUCUGGGGUAAUUAUUACUGAUGUGUUACUCCUCUGUGAUGGCCCCUCAGCCCCCCUCACCCUCAUCGUUCCGUGCCGACGUGAUCGUGUUUUUUGGAACUACUCCAGCCUCUUUUACUGUGGUGCUUUGCAUUUUUGUCGUUUCGAGUUAUGCUAAAUGCACGUUUGCCUCGGUGGCCUGACUCUGGGACACUCUAGACGUCUCCUGACCAACGGGAUUGUCAAGCCUCGCGUUAGAGACGAUCGCAUAUUCCCUCUGGACCAAUCACGGCGCAGCCUGUUCGAACCCGAUAAACACCUACCUUCAACCUGUCAUGCUUCCACGCUGCAUUCAGUCUCUCUGUCAUCUUCCUUUCACUUCCAGAUGUGCAUACAGGCGUGAAUGCGAGUUAGUACGCAUGUGUCCAACACGUUCAUGUGAACAGUAUGUGUUUGCAUGUGAGAGCGUGUGCACAGACUUUCUGAGUUGCAGUGUGUUUUUUUACUCUGUUGGUACAAACUGGUGGCAGCCUUUGAUCGAACCUCUUUGGUUGUCAGCGCCUUUUUUCCUUUCUCUUUCUCUCUCCCCUGAACUCAAGAAACUACAAUUCAGCCCUGUGACUCAAAUUUUCAUGUCUUCUUAUAUUCACUCAUCUAACCACAUUUUAGCAACUCAUAGGAAUGACAUGACUGCAGUUUAUUGUAAAAGACCCAAUAAUAUUUCAGCCCACAGCAUAUAAUAUUGCUUACCAAUUACAGCAAGAAGAAGCUGAUUUGCCAACAGUAUCCACACACUAAUGAGAGCGCCAGUGCUUGUAUGAUCAGCUGCCUCCUCUCUUCAGAGGAAACUUUGUCACUCUUAUGAGUUGCACAUUUCAGUGGUUUAAUGAGCAAUUCCAAGUCCAAAUGGAAAUUUGGAGGGGAGCUUUGGUCCAAGAUGAAAAAUGACUGACGCUGGGAAUUAGAAACUGACUUGAGCGAGCAUGACCACCGUAUAUACAAAGUCAAACACAUUUUGGCUGCGACCCUAUGUGUGCUAUGCAACUAUGAACUGCAGUCGUUGAAGGGAAAAUGAUUGUGUGCCUCCACCAAAUGUUUAUGACAAAUGUGAUGGUACAAAUGUCCACCGGGAAGAGAUGGACGCAGCAGAAUCUGAUUAGUAAAAAGAGCAGUUUGCAGACAGUGGGAUGUAUACAGAUGUGUGUGUUGUUGGUGCAGUAAGUGAGUAGACGGAUGUUGCUGUCUUCAGAUAAGUAUGUCAUAUGAGGGUCUUUGUUCAUGGGAUAAGGCAACCUCUGCAGCUUUUUUAGGGAACAGCAUGUUGUCGAAGUGGACCUAUGUGUUUCCUUGAGAGAGGAUAUCCUAAGAAGAAAUGCAAAUGAAAUAAACUAUAUAUGUGUGAUGUAUCCUUUAUGCUCCGAAUGUUCCCUGUUUAAGAGAUCAGAUGUUGACAGUGGAGGCUCUUUAUUUAGUUACUGCUGCUGAUGAGUAUUACUCAACUACAGGAAAGAGCCUGCGUGUGAUGGCCGCACUGCCUUGAGAGAGGCCUUAGCUUUGGAGAAAGGGAAAAUGAGAAUAAGGGGGAGGCAGAGGGGAGGGUGUUCUGACAGGGUGAGGGAUUCGCUGCAAUCAGCAGACACAAUCCACAUUCAUGUAUUUCUAUUAUGAGAACCUGAAAGAGCCUGUCUCCUCCCUCAGAAGUGUCUUAAAGCGCGCGUGUGUGUACACACAAUUGUGCAUGCAUGAAACAGUGUUUGUGUGUGUGUGUGUGUGUGUGUGUGUGUGCGCGUGCGUGUGUGAGUGAGUGUGCGCGUCUGUACUGGUGUGAGCAACCAUCAGCCAUUGACUUGCCCUGUGUGUAUCUUGUGUAUCACUUUACUGUGGUAAAGUGGCAUGUACAUUUUUGUGCCACCUAUGUAUGCACUACUAUAACAUAUCUCUGUACAGUCCCUCAUGGCCAAAUGUAUAUACUGAAUGUAUUGUAUGGGGACAUAGAGGCAUCAAGGUUCAACAUAAAUAAAAUUGGGUUUAUGAA